ACUUCCAUAGUUCCACUGACUUAUUACCACCACCUACUUUAAACUUCUUCUGCUUCACUUUCAUGCGUUCACUAUCUCUUCUAUCAUCUCUUGCAAUUCCUCUUUGCUUCACAGUACUGUAACCUAUCUCUCUUUUAUUUCAUUCAGAUCUAUUCAGCUCUUUUGAUCAUAAUGGCUUUGCUAACCUUCGAAAGAGCCUCUUCUUCUUCUUCCACUUCCCGAUGGAACUAUGAUGUCUUCUUGAACUUUAGAGGUGAAGAUACCCGCUAUGGUUUUAUAAGCCAUUUAUAUAAAGCACUGUGUGACAAUGGCUUUAACACCUUCAUCGAUGAUAACCUUCAGAGAGGAGAAAAAAUUUCAACUGAACUUCUCAGAACCAUUGAAUUGUCAAUGAUUUCAAUUGUCGUAUUGUCUGAAGACUAUGCAUCUUCUACUUGGUGCUUGGAUGAACUAGUUAAGAUUCUUGAGUGUAGGAUAAAUGGGCAAUUGGUUUUACCGGUGUUUUACAAAGUGGAUCCAUCAGAAAUACGUAAACAAGAGAGGAAAUUUGGAGUAGCAUUGGCUAAACAUGAAGAAAAAUUCAAGGAUGAGAUUGGCAAGGUGCAGAGGUGGAAGGAGGCUCUAAGUGAAGUCGGUAGUUUGUCUGGAUGGCAUUAUGAGAAUAGCUGCCCUGAAUCGAAAUUUAUCCAGGAAAUUAUUGAAAGGAUAUCGAGAGUCGAAUUAAAUCGCACGCGAUUAUUUGUUGCUAAAUACCCAAUUGGAGUAAAUUCUCGUGCAAAGGCCAUAGAAUUGCUUUUAGAUGUUGAGUCAAAUGAUGUUCGAAUGGUAGGAAUUCAUGGACUUGGGGGAAUAGGAAAGACUACAAUUGCAAAAGCUGUUUAUAAUAGAAUUGUUGAUCAUUUUGAAGGAAGCUGCUUUCUAGAGGAUGUCAAAGAAAAGUCAAGAACAAAGAAUGGUAUAAUCCAACUACAAGAGAAACUUCUUUCCACAAUCUUGCGGGUUAGGCAUUUGAAGGUAGAUAGUGUACCCCAAGGAAUAAAUUUGAUAAUGAAAAGGCUUCGCAAUAAAAGGGUUCUUUUAAUUCUUGAUGAUGUGGAUAAAUCAAAACAUAUAGAAAAUUUGCUUGAAAAAUGUGAUUGGUUUGCUUCGGGAAGUAGAGUCAUUAUAACAACAAGAGAUAAACACUUGCUAACUACUCUUGGAAAAGUUUGUACAACUUACAAGGUCGAGGAAUUAGAUGUUGAUGAAGCUCUUGAACUCUUUAGUCAACAUGCCUUCCAUGGAAAUAAACCUGAGGAAGAUUAUUUUGAACUUGCAAGCCAAGUUAUACAUUAUGCCAAAGGACUUCCCUUAGCUCUAGCAAUAAUAGGUUCUGAUUUGUGUGGAAGAACUAUAAUUGAAUGGAAAAGUGCAUUAGAUAAAUAUAACAAAAUUCCCAAUGAAGACAUUCAAGAAAUACUUAAAGUAAGUUAUGAUGGAUUGGAAGAAAGCGAAAAACACAUUUUCCUCGAUAUUGCAAGUUUCUUCAAAGGAAUGAGAAAGGGUUAUGUUACAAAAAUUUUAGAUGCUUGUGAUUUAUUUCCAGAUUAUGGUAUUUCAAAACUUGUUGAUAAGUGUCUUAUAACUAUUGAUGAACAUGGUUUAUUGUCAAUGCAUGACUUGAUACAACAAAUGGGUAGAGAAGUUGUUCGGCGAGAAUCACCACAAAUUCUUGGAGAACGUAGUAGGUUAUGGCGUCAUAAGGAUUCUUAUGAAGUACUAACCGGAAAUAAGGGAUCGGACAAAAUUCGAGGCAUACUAUUCCAUCCGCCUGAACCGGUAAAGGUGCAACUACACACUGAAGUUUUCAAAAGGAUGGAAAAUCUCAAAUUUCUUAUAGUUGAAAAUGUAGAUAUUUGUGAAGCACUUAAUUAUCUUCCCAAUGGGUUAAGGUUUCUUAAGUGGCCUGAAUAUCGUUAUUCCUUGCCAUCCAAAUAUUGUCCUCAACAACUUGUUGCUCUUGAGAUGUCACAUAGUCAAAUUAGAUUGGAGAAGCUUUUCAAGCAGGGGUUUCAAUUCAAAAAUUUGAAAGAUGUCAAUCUCAAACAUUGUGAAUUUAUUACGAAAUUACCUGAUAUAUGCACUCCAAACUUAGAGACAUUGGAACUUUUUUCUUGUAAAAAUUUAGUUGAGAUUCAUGAGUCUUUUGGAUUUCAUGAAAAGCUUAAAAAAUGGAGCCUCGAUUGUUGCAAAAAACUUAAGAUUCUUCCAAGGAACUUGAUGUUGAAAUCUCUUGAACAAUUUAAUCUUCGUGAGUGCCCAAGGCUUGAGAUGUUCCCUAAUAUUCAUCCUGAAAUGAAAGAUUUAAAGGUAUUAAAUUUAACUGGGAGUAGUAUUAGAGAGUUGCCUUCAUCAAUUGGGUAUCUCACUGGGCUUGAGAGAUUAGACGUAUAUGGUUGCCAAAACCUUAGGGAUCUUCCAGAUAGCAUCUACAAAUUGCAACAGCUUAUGGAAUUAGAGAUUACUACUACCAAAUUGAGAACGGUGUACGAUUCUUUUGAUAGCUUUUCUGGAAAUGGGUUUCUGAAGAUGAAAAUUCUACAUCUCAACCCUAAUGUAAAUCUAAAUAGAUUAGAUAUUUUGAUGAAGCCUGAUUACUUCCCUGCUUUGGAAAGUCUAUAUCUCAGUGGAACCAAUAUUAUUACCAUCCCCGAAAGUUUCAGCAGAUUUCCUAGAUUAAAGACACUUUCAAUUUUAAAUUGCAAGCAACUUCGUGAAAUUCUAGGACUGCCACAAUCAAUACGUUCUGUAGAUGCAACAAAUUGCAUGUCGUUGGAUCCACAAUCAUCAUUGAGUCAGAUUAUAGAAACUAUGGGGAUUUUACCAAAUAGAGUAUAUGAAGGUUCAAGAAGUGACCUAUUAAUGGAUCCACAGUCCUCAACCAGAUUAUCACAUAAAGUUCUUCUCUCUGAUUAUGAGGGCUCUGGAAUUGAAGCUGAGGAUGAUGAUUGUGAAAUUAUGGAAAUUUUACCAAAUAGAGCAUGUGAAGGUUUAACAAGUGAGGAUCCACAGUCCUCCAAUGACUUUGCAUCUGAAAUUGCGGGCUCUGAAACCGAAGAUUGUGUUUUUAUAAUACCAAGAGCUGUGAUUCCAAAGUGGUUCAACCAUCAUAGUGUUGGAAAUUCCAUAUCAUUCUGGGUUGGUCGCAGAUUUCCAAAUCUUUUUGCUAUCUGUAUUGCUCUUGGACCAGAGGAGGAGGCACAAAAGAUUGAAUAUUCUUGCUCUGUUAGAGUUGACGCUUCCAUCAAUGGUUGUGAAACACUUCACUUUGGGGAUAUUGGUUUUAAAGAACAUCCUAAUCAUCUGUGGUUAUAUUCUCUGUCUCAUCAGCGUAUGCAGGAGCAUUUAAAUUACUCAAAUCCAUCUGAACAUAAUCAUGUUGAGGUUCAAUACGAAAUCUAUGGUAAUAAACCCAGAUCUUUUUAUGAGCUACUUAAUCAUAUUGUCAUAAAAAGGUGGGGGGUUUAUGCAGAAUGCAUUUGUGGCCCUCAAAAAUCUGGUAUUCCUAACUUGCACCUUCCGAGUGCUAGCCAUGAUGAGGAUUAUGAUGAUGAUGAUGAUGAUUUGAGUGUGUUGCCACUUCCCAAUACACGUACUAACCUUGGAACUGAUGAUUUGGUUGCAAGAGAAUAUCAACCUCCUCUGGUCUUUGAUGACACAUCUAAUUGGUGCAUGACUUGGCUAGUUGGGCCAACUGCCAAGUUUUUGAAGGCAUUUUGCUGCCUGGAGAUUUUUCCUGAAAGGGUCACUGAGGCCCUUAGAGCUUAGUGUUGAUCUGCCUGGAGAUUUCCUUCUAGAGAAAAAAUAAGUGAGGCCUCCAAUGGAUCUGAUGCCAGAUAUGAGAUAUGGAUUAACUUUAGUGAUGAGUUUGAUUUGGAUUCAUCUUCAAUGAUUCGUGAAUUUGUAAACAAUGACUCUGAACGUAAUCUCUAUCCACCAGAAAAUGAGGAAAUUCUGAUCCAACUUUGAAGAAAAUGCCUCCACCUAAAAAGAACCUUGAAACUGUUUUCUCCUUUGCCGUUCCAUUCAAUUUCUUAUGCAUUUUAUGCCAAGGUGAGGAUCUUAGGGACUUCUUGACGAUAGGAGAAGAGAAUAUCUUUUAAAGAGGAGCUUCUUGUCAUACAAUUUUGGAAGAACAUUAAGUUCCGACAAAUUUGAUAAAGAUAAACAACUAGCAGCAGUUAUCAAGCAUAUGGUUUUGACUUUGUGAGGAUCUUAGGGACUACUUGAUGCUUUCUUGUCAUACAAUUUUGGAAGAACAUUGCUUCCAACAAAUUUGAGAAAGAUAAACAACUAGCAGCAGUUAUCAAGCAUAUGGUUUUGACUCUGUAAACUCCUUCCUUGCACUUGAAAGUUGUGACUUUUUUUUUCUAACAUAAUAGGUGAUCAAUGAUUUAUGAUAAUCUGUUGUUAGCACAUGACCUGGUUGAGAAAAUUAGAGACUAGGAGGUGGAUAAUUUGGUUGGUAGCUUAUAAAGUUGAUAUGAAUAAAGUUUAUGAUAAGACGUAUCUAGGACUUCAUUUUUACUAUGCUGGAAGAAAUGAAUUUUUGAUUAAGCAGUGCAUCUGCACAAUUUCUAUCAGAUUCUAUUGAAUGGUUCCCUGGGUAAAAUUAUUUUC